CUUUUCAAGUCAAAGAAGGAAGGGUAGUGAGGAAAAUUAAAAAUGAAAAAAAUUUAAAAAUGAAAGAAAGGAAAAGUUGGUAUGUAAUGUGAAGAGAUGAGAGAGGAAGAGCCAUAGCUCAUGGCAUAUAUUCCGCCAACAUAACCCCACUUAUGCUUCCUUAUAUGGGAGUGAGAUCAUACAACACCUCAACUACUCUCCCAAUUUAUAAAGAGAAACUAUAGACUAUAGUCUAUAGCUGCCACACAUUGACACAAUAGCUAAAAGCAUCAAAAGUAUAUAUUUUAUGUUUCAGUAACAACACUACCAAAAAAAGGCAAAAUGGAUCUGCAAAAUGUGCAAAACCAUAGCAUGAUGCGUUUGGUUCUGUCCACUGAUGCCAAGCCUAGGCUGAAAUGGACUCCUGAGCUUCACCAACGGUUCACUGAAGCUAUUAAUCAGCUUGGAGGUGCAGAAAGGGCAACUCCAAAGAGUCUUAUGAGAGUGAUGGGGAUUCCAGGGCUCACUUUGUACCACCUCAAGAGCCAUUUACAGAAAUAUAGGCUUGGGAAAAGCCAACCGCUAGAAACCUGUUCUGACAACAAGCAACAAGGUUACUGUGAAAUCCAGAACAGUGAUGGUCAUUUCAGCAAGGAAAUCAGCAUUGGGACCCAGAAUCAGAUGACUGAAAGCUUGAAGAUUGCUGAGGCUCUCCAAAUGCAAAUGGAAGUACAAAGAAAACUCAAUGAACAAAUUGAGGUACAAAAACAUUUGCAGCGUAGGAUUGAAGCUCAAGGGAAGUACUUACAAUCAGUACUAACAAAGGCACAUGAAGCACUUGCAAGACACAGUUCUUCCACAACUGGUAUGGAACUUGCAAAAGCUGAACUUUAUCAGUUAGAGUCAAUAAUCAACAAUGCAUGUCCAGACUCUCCCCUUUCAGAACUGACAGAAACAAGAGGGCUCAGUUUGAACUGUGGAGAGAGGAAACAAGACAGAGGAACCAUGUGUUCACUUGAAAGCUCUUUGACAUCAUCUGAAAGCUCUGAACAACACACCAUGGAUGAGGCAGAAAACCCUCAAAAGUUUAAUGGUGUUUCAGUUGAAUUGCCAUUGAUGUCCAUUCAUCCAGAAGAAGAUAAAGCAUUCAAGGGAGAUACAAGUGAUGGUAGAAAGAGAAGUGCAGCAACUGAUUCUGAUCAUUGUGUUGAUCAACCUUGUGGAAACAAGUUGAGGAAAUCUGAAGUGUCAGAAAUGCUUGACUUGAACUGCCAAUACCAGAGAGACAUUGACUCAAGUGUGAAAGAAAUAGAUUUAAAUUUCAGUUCAAGCUUUUAGGGACAAUAAAGAUGUGUCUGGUUAUAUCAAAAGCAUAUAAAAAGUCAUUCUCAGAAGAAAAUAUGUUUAUAAACAAUGUAUAUUUUUAUAACGAGAAAGAAAAAAAAAA